CAGACACCUCCGGGUGGGCUUAGUCUGCUUUUGAUUGCGAUUCGACGAACAUCGAGAGACAAUGAAGCUGCUUCCUAUCGUAAUUGCGGUGAUUGGUUAUUCCCUAGCGGAAACCAUUCCCGAUGCUCGAAUGAUGGGUGGAACCAAUGCCGCCUGGGGACAGUUCGCGUCAGCCGUUUCCAUCACCACCCCGUUCCUGCUGCACUGCGGAGGAGUGAUCGUCGAUCGACAGCACGUACUUACUUCCGCCCAGUGUGUCCUAAAUGCCCAAAACCGUCUUAUUGAUCCCUACUGGAUAUCGACCGUAGCUGGUGACAUAGCUCUGGCCCCGAUCGGAGCUCGCCGUCAGACCAGACGCGUAAUUCAGAUCUACGUUCACCCGCAGUUCAACGUGUUUACUCGAGAGAAUGAUGUAGCUGUUUUGCGGCUAGAUCGUCCGUACGAUCUACCCUCGAACACGGUCGACCUAGCUCGGCGAGCGGUUCGGAUCAACCCGACCGGAGAGGCGUGUCAAUUCGCAGGCUGGGGAGCUACAGCAGCUACUAAUGCUCCGGUGAACGUCCAGCAACGCUUCCUACCGAUGACCAUCAACGAUCGGGAUGUUUGCAAUCAGGCAACGAUGCACGCCGGCCGGGUACUGGAAUCGAUGAUCUGCGCUGGAAAUACUGGCGCUUCGGCUAACGCUGCUCCCUGUACCGGAAAUCUGGGAACCGGGUUGUACUGCAAUCGGCAGUUGGUUGGGAUUCUUUCCUUUGGAGUGAACUGUGGUGUGGCUAACAAUCCACCGGUGUUUACGCAGCUGCGUAACUACAACCGCUGGAUCGAUCAGCAGUUUAACCGGACCGAGGGGCUGGCGCCGAAUUGGACCCCAGCAGUGCUGUAGGGUGUGAGGGAGUUGAUGAUUAAUAAAUAUUGUUUUUGAUCGGAAAA